ACAAUUAGUUUCGCGUGAACAUCGUGACCCAUCGUUGCAUUUCAACAAUACGAGUUUAAAAAAAAAAAGAAUCAUUCAGAAAGUAACAAGAAAAUGCCAAGGAAGAGACGUGCUUCGACACCGAUGUUGGAAGCUGACGAGGAGGAGUUCGGUUCGGAAGAAAAGUACAGCAAGGACGAAUUAGACAACCGUGCACCGAGAAACGCAGCAAAUGCGAGAGAACGCGCUCGGAUGAGAGUUCUCAGCAAGGCAUUUUGCAGAUUAAAAACCACUUUGCCUUGGGUACCAGCUGAUACGAAACUCAGCAAACUGGACACCCUUCGUCUUGCCGCUACUUACAUCGCUCAUCUUCGCGCAGUUCUCAGGGAUGAUGGGGAUGCACAUUCGGAGACGACUAGAUCAUUAUCUCUUGCGCUGUCAUGGCCGUUUGCUCUUCAAGGAAGCAACGCUUCGAUGUUGAUGAACAACAGUUGCAACGUAUCAUCUUCAACGUCUUCGAGUUCUAAUCAGUACCGUGGUCAGCAGGGAACCCAUGAGAUUCCAAAUUUCCAUCACCCUGGUCAUCAAAGUAUGUCAAUGCGUCACAAUCAUGAGCCACAGCUCUCCUAUUUCUAAUGCCACUUUCAAACGAAAGGAUUUGAGUCUAUUAUCGAAGCUCGAAGAAAAACAUUCUAUUCAUAAGCAACUUUAUCAUCUAUAUUUAUUUCAGAGUGCCUUAUUAUUCUACUAUUUAUUGAUAUAUUAAUUAAUGAUUUAAGAAUUGCUACAUUAUAAUAACUAUUAUUGUAA